GAUAAGAAAAACACCUUCACACUUUCAUCAAUGCUCCAAUGAACAACACCACACAAAAACACUAACCAAGUCCAACUCCCCACCACCAUGGCCACCAUGUUCUCACCACCACCACCAUUACCAUCACCAUCACCAUCACCCAUUCUCUCCUCAAAAAAGCCCUCCCAGCCACCAUGCAAGCCCUCCCUCCCCCCCUUCAAACAGCCCCUAACAACCUUAACCGCCGCCGUCGCCGCCGCCAUCCUCGCCGCUUCCCCGGCGCCCUCCCCGGCGCAGGAGCCGCCCUCGUAUCAAGUCUACUACGGGACCGCCGCCAGCGCCGCGAAUUACGGCGGGGGCGGGUACGGCGGGAACUCGAGCAAGAAGGACUCGGCGGAGUACGUGUACGACGUGCCGGCGGGCUGGAAGGAGCGGCUGGUGUCGAAAGUGGAGAAGGGCACGAACGGUACGGACAGCGAGUUCUACAACCCGAAGAAGAAGGCUGAGAAAGAGUACCUCACUUUUCUGGCGGGGUUUCGCCAACUUGCGCCGAAGGAGGUGGUUUUGGGCAACUUGGCUCUGUCCGACGUGGACUUGCAGGACCUGAUUGCGAACGCUGAGAGCGUGAGGUCGGAGGAGGUGAGGGACGAGAAGGGGCAGGUGUAUUAUGUGUAUGAGAUUGAUGGGGUUGGGACUCAUAGCUUGAUCUCCGUCACUUGUGCUAAGAACAAGCUUUAUGCGCAUUUUGUCAAUGCGCCUACUCCUGAGUGGAAUAGGGAUGAGGACGUGUUGAGGCAUGUUCAUGAGUCUUUUAAGACUGUUGGCUCUUUUUAGUUGGCUUCGGACAUGAGUCUGAGUCUAACUCAAUCUUAAAAUAUCUGUUUGUAAGGCGAGGAUUGAUCUGUGGUUAUGAACUUCAAUGCGAAAUUAGCUUAAAAAAUCGAUCUGUAAAACGAGGAUUGUUCUGUAAUUAUGAACUUCCCUGUGAAAUUAGUUAAUGUGGGACUUGGGUUUUUUAUCGGAUAGUAUGUUUUAUGUUUUGUGGGAAAGUGAAUGGUUAUAUGAUAUCUAUUAUGAGGAUGAGGAUGAGGAUGGUUUUGGAUUUUUAUAAACGGGAUUUUUACUACAUGUAAGGAUGUUUGGUAUAGUUGGAUUCAAUUUGAGAGAUUAAAUUUA